AUGUCGGAUAGUGUCAAGCUGAUCAAAGACGUUGCCAACCAGCACAUUGGCCCAUGCUCGACAGAGAACCUUACCGCAUGGGAGUCUGACUACCAUUCCACGCAUAGAAUCAACAUCAACCGGCAAAGCAAGACCGUAAGAAAGUUCUGUCAUGCAGCUAUUGCCUGCGUAACAGAAGAUAUGGUAUUCCAUCAUGGCAUAUACCCCUCUGACAUUUGUAUUCACGAGCAGCAGCAGCUCAUUAUUGUUUUCGCUAAGAAGCUGAGUUAUAAUGAAAUUGCAGCAUGCCUUGAAGCCGAUAUACUGCGUACCUCUAUCAGAGAUGAUGUGGAGCCGCUUGUGGUAACAGAGUAUGGCCUCAGCUCCGGUACACCCGAAGCUGAGGAGGCUAGCAAGAUCUGGGCAUUCCCUGGGGAUGUCAUGUUAAGGGCGGGUGUGGACAACAAACAUCCGUUCAAAUGUCCCAUCUUUACGAAGAUAAUCAAAGAUGCCUUCUUCAUGGCAGGCACCAAGGGAAAGCCAGCUGCAGCCACGGACAAGGAGGCGGUCUUCACCUCGAGUGAGUACAUGAAGCCGCACAAAAAAGAGAUGCUGCCAAACAUGGUUGCUUUGGCUUGCGCCACGAUCCACCUUGCCCUUGAUGAGUGGUCAGGCAGUGAACAUAAGAAGACUGAUUACAGCACGACCAAGGCUGAGAAGGUUUAUAAGGCAGCGAUGGAGUCUCUUAACUGGCUUGCUUCAAACUGCCCCGCCGCAUAUCACCACACCUUGCAUAACCUCUACGUCAACGUCUGGUGCGUAUAG